GUCGUCAGCUGCGCUCUAUAUCGCAUCUCUCUGGCUCAUGUUGAGAAAGGAACCCAACCGCUUCCCUGCGGUGAAUAACACUGCGUGCGGUUCAUUCAUUCUGGAUCGUCAGAUGGUGGGGCUGGCGACCUUGCAAGUUGCUCCGCGUCUCUCUUUUGUCCCUCUUUUUACUGGACUGUCUGUGCUACCGACCAUAUCUACAGUAUAGGACAGCGAUGAUAUGUGUGUAAGCGAAAUUUUUUUCAUAUCCAACAGGGGACAAUCAGCGGUUAUGAAAUCCAGGCAACUGAGGAUGCACAGUACUGAUGAGGAGGAUAGUAGUAGGACUCUGUUCAGCGCCACCGAUUUCAGACAAGAACGGGAAUUCUCAUAUUCGUGGCAUGCCUCCUAUUGAGAGAGCCUAAAGCAGGGAUAGAAAAUAACGUCUGCCCGUUUUGGAUUCUACAUUGUCCCUUUGACUUUCUGUGUGAAAAGUAAAGCGUGCUAGUUAGUUCUGUUGCUCACUGGUACCCGAACAACCCGACCGUGGAGGGAGGAGCGAUGAGAAGAACCCCAUCGCCGUAAACAACACUGGCUUGCUUUGUUUCUCAGCAAAGGACCCUUUCAGAAAUAGGCUGAUACUGUUAAUUUCUUCAAGUGGCCACUGUGUUCUGGAUACUGUUCUGCCUAAUGCCCACUGGCACUUUAUACUGGAUAAUGUAUGAUCGGACAUUAAUUGUAAACAUUUUCCAGAGGCUUUAAUUCUAGUUUAUGGAUUAUCCAUGGACUGAUCAUUCAGACGUAUAAUAAAUAGAGAAUAAUGCUUCUAAUUAAGAGCUGACCGACUUUCUGAAUUUUGAACAGCUGGACAUUCAAACUGCUCCAGUAUUGAAAUAGGAUUAUCAAAUUGUUGAACGAAUCAUAAGUGUCUUCAUCUAUUUCUGCUUGGAUACCCGUCGACUAAUCUAUAGAUAAGUAAAUACGGAGGGGAGUUUAUGGGUAUGUCAACAAGAUACAUUUUUGACUGAAAACCAUCUGGAAUUGUGGAAUUGGACCUCCUGAAACAUACGCCGCUGUACAGUGCAGUCCUGUCAUUGCUACUGCCCGGGCCAACAGCGCAGAUAUUUGGGGAUUUGAGAGUUACAGUGACCCACGUGGAGCGAAGAUCCAAAGUGGACAGUACACCAUGGGUUGUUGCAGUGGCAGAUGCACGCUGGCCUUUAUAUGUGGCAUGCAAUUGAUCAGCAUAUUGGAACGACAAAUAUUUGACUUCCUUGGGUACCAGUGGGCUCCCAUCCUCACAAACUUUGUGCACAUCAUCACAGUCAUCUUGGGCCUCUUUGGGACUGUACAGUUCAGACCAAGAUACGUGACCGGGUAUGCAGUGUGGCUAGUUCUCUGGGUGACCUGGAACAUCUUCAUCAUCUGUUUCUACCUGGAAGUGGGGAACCUCUCCAAGCAGGACAGUGACUUGAUCAUGACCUUCAACAUCUCUAUGCACCGGUCCUGGUGGAUGGAGAACGGUCCAGGCUGCAGGGUGACCCCGGUCACCCCCCCUCCAUCCUGGGCCCCAGAGGACCACCGCUACAUCAGCAUCGCAGGCUGUCUGCUGGAGUACCAGUAUGUGGAGGUGGCCCACAGCUCCCUGCAGAUCCUCCUGGCUCUUGUUGGGUUCAUCUAUGCCUGUUAUGUGGUGAAGCUCAUCUCAGAAGAGGAGGACAGCUUUGAUUUUAUAGGAGGGUUCGACUCCUACGGUUAUCAAGGGCCUCAGAAGACAUCCCAUUUGCAACUACAACCCAUGUACAUGUCAAAGUAACAAGGACAGCUGCCUUAUGAACCAAUCAAAUAGAGAGCUACCGUUCUAACUUAUUGUCUCAUUUCGUAAAUGUCUUAAAAUAAUACAGUGUCUUACAAACUGUGUGGAGAAUGUGAGAUUCGACACUUUAACCUCAAAGACUCAGAAAAACACACUGGAUUUUCUUUGUCUCUCUGCUCAGUGGUGGAGUCACAGUCUGGGUCUGGACUAGGGGCCAGGCAUGUGCAAGAGCGCCCUCCUGUGGCUCUGUUGACCUUACAGGAUGCAUAUCUCUCCUCCAUUCUGGUUCUUGCUUUCUUAAUGACAGCUGAAUGACUGUUAUAUUGAGGGAACAAAUUGAAUUGAUCCCUCUGGACAGCGUUCAAAUGGAUCAAGAUUCUGGACAAAGGGAAACUGUUGGACUUGUGCCAAGUUCUGAGAGCACUAGCUAAGUGGUGCCUGUGUUCCGACUAACUUGAUUAGAAAUACUAUUUGCUUAAGGAAUGUUCAUAACUGAUCAAUAUGGCUUUAGUCAUCAGAAGUAGUUUUAUAGCCCCCUUAUAAGGAGUUGAUUAGAAUAAAUGUACAUGUGAAACCAUGUGUUUACAAUACAUACACUUUGGCCGUUGGAAUUCGAUCUGAGUUGGGCAAUUGAAUGGGACAAAACUUUGAUGGGAUUGAAAAAGCAAUCAGUUGUUGUUUCUUACGAUGGAUGUAUUUGUCUUGAAAGUGCCAAGAACAAUAGUUAGAGAUGAGUUAGACAAGAUAUUGGAUGCUAUCCUGAGAUACAUAUUUUUGGAGCUCGUCUCGGGUACAUCAGUUAAAAAGUUAAUUCGGGGAUAACACAAUAUUUGUUUGCAUGAGGUGUCAAAAUCUGUUGCAUAUUUAAUCUCUGAAAGCACUGGACCUUAUCCCAGACUAGGUAGAGGUGACAGUUGGCCUUUCUGCAGAUGUCUUUUCUCUGUAAGGUUAUGUGAAUUUUGUGAUUUUUUAAGACGGCGUGGAGACAAAAUGUAACUUCUUUCAAUUCUAGACAUUUUUUAACAUGUGACAGUGUUUACUCUUUUAUAGUUGACUAAUAAUAUAUUAUAGAGAGCUUGGGACAAUAAGGUUCUAUCUGCAUUUUUAUCACAAUUGAGUUAUUGACAUAGCCUUGUUCUGUUCAAUGUUCUCUACCUAUA